AAAAUCACCCCUCCGAAAUCCCUCGGUACUGUCGGUGUUGCCAUCGUCAAUAUGGCUGCAGUCGAGGCUCUUGCUUCCGCCUCAGCAAAGUUACGAAACUUCACCGGCUUAUCCGGUGAAGAAUACGACCGCCAGAUACGUGAUCUCGUUGCACACUGCAGACAUUUGCUCUCAACCAAUGCUCUCGGCUCUGUUUGCCGUGAUGAGUCUACGCUGGAUCGCUUCCAUCCAGGGCGGGAUUCUAUCAUCUAUCUCUUUCUUCUUCGUCUACAAAUUCAAACCCUCCAAGAAACAAGCCGUGGGACGUUGCCAUAUGAUCUACUACCCCCAGGAAAGCUAUGGUCGAGAGCUGUGCGCUAUCUGGAAAUCUUCGAUCCGGUUCAAAUUAGAUAUGCUGGUCGGGAAUUUCGCCAAAUUAUUGAAUAUAUUGGACAAGCCUCGCAGGCUGCGUCAAAGGCAUGGCUCUACUUGGACUAUCUGCGAUAUUUUCUUUACGGCGGAAUGGUUUACAUGGCGUUGAAGGAGUGGCGCAAGGCAUUUCAUUUUCUGAGCGUUGUGAUCUCGGCGCCUACAGUGGGUUCUAUCAGUAUGGUCAUGGUAGAAGCCUACAAAAAAUGGGUCUUGGUGGGACUGCUUGCCAAUGGCAAGCUAUUUUCACCUCCAAACGUGACUUCUCCUAAUGUGGUCAAGUUAUACCAGUCACUUGCCAAGCCCUACGUCAGUCUUGCUCAGAUCUUUGAGCGUGGUGACAUGAAGAAGCUUGUGGCAGAGGUAGAUACUGCUCGGGAAAUUUGGUUUAUGGAUCGCAAUAUGGGCCUGGUCUCCCAGGUUGUGAAUACAUUUUCGGGACAUGCCCUCAUCGGGCUACGCAAGACAUUUGCUGCUUUGACUGUGACCGAAGUCCUAGAGCAAGCCCCAUAUUUGCCUGCUGAUGCGAUGGCCGCCGAGACAUCGAUCGCGUCUUUCAUAAUGUCUGGUGCUAUGAAUGCAGCAUUGGUGCAUUCUUCAUCUCAAACCAAUGAAACAAUGUUGCGGCUUUCAGGUGAAUCUUUGUCCUCUCGAAUGUCGUAUGAAAGCCAUAUGCAGAUACACUUGAAGAAAGAGGGUCAGUUGAUGACUGCACUUAUGGGCAGUAUCGAGGAAAUUAACCAUGCUAUGGGCUUGAGUGAUGAAUUUGUGGACAGCUCCAAGGGUCAAACAUGGACAACUUCCUCUGAUACCAAUCAAGGCCCAGGUGAAGAUUUCGGGCUCGACAUGGAUGAGGACAUAAUGGGCGGUUAA